UUAGUUAAUAAAAUAAAAUUUCUCUUAACAGGUUGUGAAAGGAUCAGAAAUAUUGGAAGUUUUGCACAAUUGUCAAGAUAUGAACAAUUAUUUAUUUUCAUUGUUUAAUUGUCAGUAUGAAAAAUUCUUCAAAAAUUUAGCUAAUGUAGAAACAAUGCUAAAACGGGACAGACUGCUAGCUCCUCACUAUCGUUAUUAUGUACGUGAAAUGCGGAUUUUGGCAUACACACAAUUACUGGAAUCUUACCGAAGUCUCACGCUGCAAUAUAUGGCUGUAGCAUUUGGUGUUAGUGUGGAAUUUAUCGACAGAGAAUUGGCUAGAUUUAUAGCAGCUGGUAGACUGCAUUGCAAAAUUGACAGUGUUGGAGGAAUUGUAGAAACAAAUAGACCUGAUAGUAAAAAUUAUCAAUAUCAAGUGAGUUAAUAAUAACAUAGCAAUA